ACCGCCGACUCCGAUCCGAGUCGACUCGACUCGAGAAUUCGAUUCAGUCGCGGUCGACCCGCCAUCCAGUGUGUGUUGUUAUUAUUCUCGUUAUUUAACACUCUUUACUCCUUAUUUUCUCUACACACUUUUUUUUAAACUCACAAUUUCUCAGACAAAUUUUUCUCUCCAGUGAUUAAUUUUUUUCUUGCCCAGUUUUGUGCUCCAUUUUAAAAUUCAAAACAAGUGAUCGGUAAUCAAGCGAAUUUACUUUCGUGUUUACUUCAUUAAAUAAAGUGUGCAAUUUUUUUCCAAGCAAUAAUAUUUAAUUUUACCUACUAGUUGCUAUUAUUCCUCAUAUAUAUUUUGUUAAUACAGUUAUUAUUAUUAUUAUAAUAAUUAUUAUAAACGAGGAUUGUGUAUAGAACACCGUUAGAUUAAACAAAGUAUCAAAACGUCAGUUUUAAUUCAAGUGAAUAGUGCAUAAUGCUUCGAUUGAGCUUAUUAGCCUUGUGUUUGACGUAAAAGUGAAUAAAAUUUAUUAUACUAGUUCAUAUUGUAUAUAUUGAUGUAUAAAUAUACAUUUGGCAUCAGCUAAUCUAAAAGGACUUUAUUAAAAUAUCAAAGAACAGAAGCCAAUGUGACAUCCAAGGUCCGUUGAGCCCGUGAAAUCUGGCAAGUGUCAGAGAUUGGCCGUGUCAUCGAUUCGUCGAGCGGCGGCUCGUCGACGAGGAUGAAGGCCGCCAUUUCAAUCCUCCAUCUAUUAGCGUCGUCAUCAGUAACUUAAUCCUAUCACUCGAUCGGUCGGAACUAAAAAAAUCACAAGCUAAACAUAAAAAUCUAAAUACGAGUCCCCUCUUAGCCAACAAUAAAAUAACAAAAAACAAACAAGAACAAGAACAAGGAGAAGAAGCUUAUCAAGUCGUCGUCGUCUUCAAACUGAGGAUGGCGACGACGACGGAUCCAAAUCCCUCGGACACGUCACUGGAUCCGUCAGCUUCUAAUCUAACGAACUCUUCGUCGGAUGAUAGUAAUUUGAAUUACACGACUCCGCCGCCAUGGCCGGACUUAUCGGUGUCAGUUCCCAAAGGCUGCAUUCUCGGGUUCAUAAUAAUAGCCGCGGUCUUUGGAAAUCUACUAGUGAUAGUGUCGGUCAUGCGUCAUCGUAAAUUGCGGAUAAUAACAAAUUACUUUGUGGUAUCACUUGCUCUGGCUGAUAUGCUGGUGGCGAUGUUCGCAAUGACAUUUAAUUUAAGUGUCCAGGUGACGGGUCGUUGGCUCUUCGGUUAUUUUAUGUGCGACGUAUGGAAUUCAUUGGACGUGUACUUCAGCACUAGUUCAAUACUUCACCUGAUGUGUAUAUCAGUAGAUCGUUACUACGCGAUCGUAAUGCCACUAAAGUAUCCGAGCAAUAUGACGAAACGUGUUGUCGCGUAUAUGCUGCUAGCCUGCUGGGUAUCGCCGGCGAUCAUAUCAUUUGUACCGAUUUUCAACGGCUGGUACACGACCAGCGACAAUGACCAUUUUCGUCACUUGCAUCCUGACGUAUGCGAGUUCAAAGUCAACGAGGGCUACGCCAUUUUGUCCUCGUGUAUCUCAUUUUGGAUACCUUGUACCAUUAUGACGAUCACGUACUUCGCGAUAUUCAAGGAGGCCAACAAACAAGAGAAGCAAAUGCACAGCAGGAUGGGGAACGCGAUGCUUCUGAGCCACCGGCCGAGUCGCGAACUCAACAACCUCAAUGGCGAACUGAACAGCGGGGGUUCAUCUAAAACGCUUACGCUCAACGAAAUAAAUACGGAUCAUCUGCACACGCCGACCAAGGACAAAAGUUUGAUUAAAAUGAAGAGAGAACACAAGGCUGCGCGCACACUGGGAAUAAUAAUGGGCACAUUUAUUUUGUGCUGGCUGCCAUUCUUCCUCUGGUAUGUCACGAUAAGUCUGUGCGGCUCAAAAUGCCACUGUCCGGAAAUAGUCGUCAGCAUUGUCUUCUGGAUCGGCUACACCAAUUCCGCCCUAAAUCCACUUAUUUACGCUUACUUCAAUCGCGACUUUCGGGAGGCUUUCAAAAACACACUUCAGUGUGCAUUCUGCUCGCUCUGCAGAAGAGAGCCUUUUGAUCUUGAGACUCUUGAUAUACGAAGACCGUCUUUGAGGUUGGUGCAUUUCAAUAAAUUAAAUUUUAUAGUAUGAUGACCGUACAAAAAGUAUGUACACAGCGACCUACAUCAAACACAACGAUCGAAGAAGAUCGAGCGAGUACGGGAGCAGCCUCUGAGACGAAACGAAGUUUAGAUUUUAAAUAAAAAAAAAAAAUUAAUAAAUAAAUACAAGCAAUUAAAUGCAAUUGUCAUAAUAAUCAAUAUUGAAUUAAAUUAUAAAUUAAAUAUUGUCAUAUAUUUUUUUUAUAUUACCGCAUAAAAGAUAUUUUAUAAUGCUGAAUACUUGUCAUAUAAAUAUUACCGUAAACGUCUACUUCAUAUCAUGUAAUUAUUUCAUUAAUAGGAACUAUUUAUUUAAUACAUCGCCAAAGUUUGCUCGUUUAUUUAUACUCUCGCUCGUGUUGUUACGAACACAAACUUACAAAAAAAGUUUAGAAUUAAUCAAUCACUGAGCUUAUACUUGUAUUUUUAUUUAUUAUUUAUUAUCAUAAUCAUUUUCCUCAAUACGAUUUUAUUUCGCGUCGAGCUGAUACUCAACGGCCUUUUUUUUUUAUUUUUUAAUGUUGUCUUAGGAAUUAAAAGGCUGAAGAGCUAAAACCGAGAAAACGAAAAAAAAAUUUUUUUUUCUUCGCGAUACUUAUCAUAGAAUCACCGAAUCACGAUACCAAAGUUUAAUUAUACCAUUAACUAUCUCUAAAAAUAAAACCAAAGAGUUAUUUAUUAUAAAAGUAAUCGAUUUAAUCGCCACUGAAAAUAAAAGUCGCCUCGUACGCUAUAAAUUUAUCACUUUUAAUAAUUAAAACCUUUGUAGCUAAACAAUGAUUGUAUAGAAUAUUAUUUAAAUGCUCUCUACAUAAAAUUAAUUAAAAAUAUCAACUCAGCGUCGUCAUCCUUUAAUUUAAUUUUUAAAGAAUCAAUUUUUUAAAUAUUUUUUUUUUUAUUUACCUCGCCUGGAAAAAAAUACGUAGAUACGGGCAGAUAUGACUAUAUAUGAUCAUUCAUGAUAAUAUAUGAGUUUAUAUGGACAUAUAUGAAUACAUAUGGGCAUAUAUGAGCACAUCUGAACAUAUAUGAGUACAUAUGGACAUAUAUAAGCAUAUAUGAAAUAUAUGGUUCAUCAUAAAUGAUUUAGGGCCUGUUUAUAUAUAUUAAAAUAUGAUCAUAUAUGGAUUUAUAUGAACAUAUAUGAGCACAUAUAUACAUAUAUGAGCAUACAUGAACAUAUAUGAGCAAAUAUGAACAUAUAUGAGCAUAUAUGAACAUAUAUGAGCACAUACGGGCAUAUAUAAGCAUAUAUAUGAAUACAUAUGGACAUAUAUGAGCACAUAUGGACAUAUAUAAGCAUAUAUGAUAUAUAUGGUUCAUCAUAAAUGAUUUAGGACCUGUUUACAUAUAUUAAAAUAUGAUUAUAUAUGAGAAAAUAUGAACAUAUAUGAGCACAUAUGGGCAUAUAUGAGCAAAUAUGAACAUAUACGAGCAUAUAUGAACAUAUAUAAGCACAUACGGGCAUAUAUAAGCAUAUAUAUGAAUACAUCUGAACAUAUAUGAGCACAUAUGGACAUAUAUAAGCAUAUAUGAUAUAUAUGGUUCAUCAUAAAUGAUUUAGGGCCUGUUUAUAUAUAUUAAAAUAUGAUCAUAUAUGAGCAAAUAUGAACAUAUAUGAGCAUAUAUGAACAUAUAUGAGCAUAUAUGAGCAAAUACAAACAUAUAUGAGCAUAUAUGAACAUAUAUGAGCAUACAUGAACAUAUAUGAGCAUAUAUGAACAUAUAUGAGCAUAUAUGAACAUAUAUGAGCAUAUAUGAACAUAUAUGAGCACAUACGGGCAUAUAUAAGCAUAUAUAUGAAUACAUAUGGACAUAUAUCAGUUCAUAGGGCAUAUAUAAGCAUAUAUAUGAAUAUAUAUGGUUUUUCAUACAUGAUUUAGGGCCUGGUCAUAUAUAUUAAAGCAUGAUCAUAUAUGAUUAUUUAUGUGUAUAUAUGAACACAAAAAUUCAUAUGAUCAUUUAUGGCUCAUACAUGGGUAUAUAUGAUCAUAUAUGACUUUGGGCCUGAUCACCCAUAUUAAUAGAUAUUCAUAUAUGGUCAUAGAAGAAUUUAAGCCUGAUCAGGCAUUAACAUAUAGGAUCAGAUAUCAUCAUAUAUGAUCAAAAUAGUCAUAUAUGAAGCUAUAGUAGCAUAGGAUAUUUAAUAUAAAACGAUAAAUGAUCAGAUCGAAUCAUUUUUCAUAUCUGAUCAUAUCUGAAUAUUUUUUUCCGGAUCAUUCUCAGGGUUUCAUUACAUUAGAGAAAAAAAUCAGUUAAUUUAAAUGAAUUAAGAGGCAAUAUGUAACGUAUGCUCAAGAGCCAAAUCAUCAUCGUUCACCAAACGAACUUUAUUACAAAUAAAUAAUAAAUAUAUAUAUAUAUACAUAUAUAAAUAACUAAAACCUGUAAAUAAUAGCUAUAAAUAAAUAAAUAAAUAGAGUAAAAUAUAUAAAUAAGUUCCACGGGAACGAGACUGGCCUGACAUAUUUAUACGAAACCAACUCGUGAAGGAAAAUAUGAACGCUGUAUAAUUAAUUCUAAUAUUGAUAAUUAUCAUAAUAAUUACAAUACUAAUAAUAAUAAUAAUAGUUAUACAUUUAAUUAGGGAGACAGUGCAAUAUAUAAAAUAUAUUGUUGAGUAUAAUUAGGUGCGUAUGGAUGUUAAUGGAUGUUAGUUUUGCGAUAAUAUAUUAUAAAUAUAUAUUGCUGUUACUGGCCGUACUGAGUAUAUUGUAUAUUAUAUAUAUGAUGCAAUAAUAUAUUUACGUGGGAAGACGUUUAUUUGGUGACAUGAUGAAUUCCUCUGUUCUAUUCAGCGAGUUAUGAGUUUAAAACCCGUCAGUUGUAGCUAAUUAACUUUUCGUCAUACGCAACACGCACACCAUUUACCCAGACAUGAGUAUAAAAAUAAUACAUGUGCGUCUGUCUGUCUCGUCCAAGCCAAAAAUUUAACUAAUAACAACAAGUGCAGUGUAACUUAAGUUACACUGCAGUUCUUGUUAAUAGUAAUGGUUUGUUGGGUUUCAGUAUUUGUAUAUGACUUUGUCUUGACAACUGAUUAUUACAUAUGUAUGUUGCCAAAAAAUAUUUCAAAUUGUCGAGGUGCCAAACCAAUACACCUUCAACUCAUAUAAUAUAAUAUAAUAAUGAUAAUAAUCAUAUAUUUAUAUGCAUAUAUAUUAUAUAUAUCAGAGAGGGUGGGCCAAAAUGGACACCAUUUUUUUUAGACAAAUGAAAUGUCGGUAAAAAAAAGUGGGGUAAGUUGGUCAGUUUGCAGGUCACUUAAAUUUUUUUUUUUAAGGAUUCGUUUCGGAAAUUUUUCAUUGAAAAAUCAAAAAAUUUACUCUGGGGUAAAAUAGGUCACCAUUUUUUUUAGACGAAUUUUUUUUUUCUAAAAACGAAUUGUCGGUAAAAAAAAAGUGGGGUAAGAUGGUCAGUUUGUAGGUCACUCAAAAAUUUUUUUCUAAAGAUUCGUUUUCGGAAAUUUUUUCUUGGAAAAUCAAAAAAUUUACUCUGGGGUAAAAUGGGUCACCAUUUUUUUUAGACGAAUUUUUUUUUUUUUAAAAAAGAAUUGUCGGUAAAAUAAAAAAAGUGGGGUAAGAUGGUCAGCUUGCAGGUCACUUAAAAUUUUUUUUCUGAGGAUUCGUUUUCGGAAAUUUUUCAUUGGAAAAUCAAAAAAUUUACGCUGGGGUAAAAUGGGUCACCAUUUUUUUUUGGACGAAUUUUUUUUUUUUAAAAAACGAAUUGUCGGUAAAAUAAAAAAGUGGGGUAAGUUGGUGAGUUUGCAGGUCACUUCAAAUUUUUUUUCUAAGGAAUUUCUGAAACUUUUGUUUGAAAAAUCAAAAAAUUUACUCUGGGGUAAAAUGGGUCAGAAUUAAAAAAAAAAUUUUUGUAAGAAUUUGGUUUUGAAUUUUUUUUGUAAAAAAUGGAGUCUAGGGUAAAAUGGGCCCUAAAAAAAUUUUUUUUUUUAUGGUUUACAAAAUCGGUCGACCAACUUGCCUUAGAUUUUUAUAGAAGUGGUGACCAAUCAUUUUUGAAUAAAAAAAUUUUAACUCAUGCCUCGAAUUUCUGUCUAUAUAUAUGUAUAUAAAUAUAUGUGUAUAUAUUAUCGUUAAAAAAUUAUAUUCGUGUUGAAGUGAUAAAUAAAAUAAAUAAUGGCUCAGAAGAGAGAUAUUAUUAUGAUAAUUAUGUUAGGAGUAAUAAAUUGGUGCUUGUAAAUAUUCGUUGUAAAUAAAUAAAUUAAUUAAUUAAUAAUGAAUUAAUAAAUAAUUGUUUAGUGAAGUUAAUUUGUUUAAAAUAAACAAUGUUGUUUUUUAUUGUAUUAUUUAUUAUUUUUAUUCUUUCAGGAAUUGCCGCUGGUUAUGUGCGACUUUUUUUGCGUGUACUUCUACUAUGUAAUAUUUAAAUGAGUGUUAAUAAUUAAUAGAUAGCGGGUAAUUGUGCUUGAUAAAAAAAUUAAAAGUAUAGAUGAGUAUAAGUUCAUAAUAAUAAUAAUUUAAAAUAUCAUACCCUUGACAUAAUUUAUUUAUCAUCAAAUAAAAAAAAAUUUUAUACGAAGCUUUGCAAUUUGAAAGAAUUUUUUUUUUUUUUCCAGAGAAAAAAACUGAAUUUUAUUUGAGGUAAUAAUUAAGGGUCAUUAAUAUUCAUGGUUGUAGGACUGACUAAAAUAAUAUUAGCUCAUGAAAAUCUUCCGGCAAACAUGAGAUGAGUAAAGAGAAAAAUAAAAAAAAAUUUGAGAACGGGAUUAAAAAAAAAAGUGAGCAAAUACAAGGGCACAGUAAUUCUGCAAUUUUAAGAGCUCAAGGUUCAAGUCAUUAACUUAAAAAGCCAGUCUUCCUUACUUGCUACCACUGCAAUAACCCACGAGUGUUUUAUGAUUUCAGUGGUUAUAAUUUAACUCAAAGUAAUUACAAGUACUAGUGUCUUAUUCCUGUAGAUUUACUCGCAUUACCUUUUCUUUUAAAAUUUUAUUAUUAUUAUAAAUUAAAAUAGUAAGCACAGUAAAGGAAAUAAUGAGUUAUUUUAAUUAAAUAAUUGAAUUAAUGAAGAUGACACGUUAAUGAGAAAAUAAUUGCUUGACUAAAUGACACCGUUAAAUAUUGCGACGGUCUUUUAAUCUCAUUUAAGUUACAUUCCCCAUUACCGUCUCAUCUUAACGCUAAAUAUGGGCCGUAAUUAAUGUGCUUGAGGUGAACCUUAUAUAUAUAUGUGUUUUAGUCAAAAAUUAUUAUGCAUAAUUUAUGUUAUGCCUCGCUAAGAAACUUUAUCUACGCAAAUAUCCAUUAAUAUAACAGAUUUCUUUGAAUUGUUUAAUUAAAUUUUUUGGAAUUUUUUCGCGAGUGAAAAAAAUUGACGGCAAUUCGGUGGUUUUUUUUUUAUUCAUUAUGGAUUUUUGGAAUUAUUUGGAAGACAAGAAAAAUUUAUUUUGUACUUUUCUUGGCGGCCACUGAGAUCCAAAAUCUAGGGAAUUGGGAACUCUGAAUUACUAGAUCACUCUUGGGAUAUUAAAAUCCAAAUAUCUUGAUAUAUAUUCAGUUUUUUGAAAAAUUACAAGAUACCUUUUUUGUGGAGAAUUUAAAGGGCUACAAAAAAGGUUUCUUUAUAUUUUUUGAAUAACUCAAUAUUUAUAGAGAUAUUUACAAAAAACAAAUCACACUUUCAUAGAUUUGAAUUUUCGAUGAAUAAUUUUGAAUUUUGAUUGGAAAAAUAUAAUUUUUGAAAUUUCGAAGUUUUUUAAUAUUAAGCGGUCAAAGUAAAUCUAUUUUCUAAUAAUUUACCGCAAGAUUAAGUUAAAAAUUUGAAAAAUUCAAAAAAUUAUGCUAAUUUUUACAAAAAACGGAAUUUUCCUUUUUUUUCAAUUCAAAAUCGAAUCUUAUGACAAAAAUAUAUAAGAAAUUUUAGAAAAACCUUUAAAUAAUAUUCCUAUGAAAUCGAAAAAUUAAACCUGUGAACUUUAAUUAAUUAAUUUAAUUAAAAACGACCAAGAUUUAUUAUUUCCCGAGCCAAUAAAUUGAGAAAAGAAAAAAAUAAAUGAAACAAGUUGUUUAAUCUCAUUGAAAUCCAUACUAUUGUAUCGGGCUAUCAAUAAAGAUUAGUUACAAGUUCUCGUUAAUUUUCUCCACCCUCUAAAAACACCCGUACCAGAGAAGGUACCAGCUGGUAAGAACUUUUGCCCGCAUGCUUGCCGAGCACGCGAAUUAGCAGCGCGCACGGAAGCCUUCUUAUAUAUAAUAAUAAAUAUCAAUCGUAAUGAUUUAUUACAAAAAAUAAAAAAUGAAAUCUUUUUUUUUAUAUAUUUUUUGUAAAAAAAAUAAAUUAAGUUAAAUCGGUAACCUGACGUUCGAUUAAUUGAUGGACUACCGGAAAAAAUAAUUGAGAUCCACUAGGCCUGUGGAGAUCUGAUUCAUCGAAAAAUCAGAUCUAGGUUACUUCUAACAGAUCUAUGGAGAUCUAGAUAGAUCUCAUAGUUCCCAGGAUCUUUUUUCGAAAGAUCUGUAAGAAGAUUUGUGGAAAACGGAAAUCGUCGGAGAUUUUCGGUGACAUCUUUAGCCCUGAAAAAAAAUGAUCUUUAUAACGCCGAUCUGCGAAAUCUAAAUAGAUCUUCAUUGAUGUUGUUGUGAAAUCUUGAAUGAUCUAGUCAGAUCAGAGAUUAUUUAAAAUUGCCGUAGAUCUCAAAUCAUUGCCGAUCUGCAAAAUCGUCAGGGAUUUGAUAUCUAUACCAAGUUUGAGAUCUACAGUAGAUCUACGGAGAUCUGAUUUUUGAAAAAAAAAAUUCUACAUUACUCCUGACAGAUCUACGAUCUAGUUAGAUCUCAUAGUUGCCAGGGCAUUUUUUCUAAAUGAUCUAUAAGAAGAUUCGUUGAAAUUCACGGUAAUCGUUGGAGAUCUCCGGCGAUGUCGUUAUUAUUCUAAAUAAAAAAAAUUGAUCUUUACAACUUGUCGAUCUAUUGAUAUAAUUGUGGAAUCUUGCAAGAUCUCGUGAGAUCAUAGAUCUGAAAUCAUCGAAAAUUCGAGAUAAUUGGAAAUCUUUUUUAGAAAUUUAAGAUCUCCGUAGAUCUUUAUAGAUCUAAAUUACUUUUUCCGGGUAAAUUUAUCAAUUAUUGAUCACUAACUAUGACAAUAAAAUUGGUGAUCAAUGUAAUGAAAAUUAAAAGAAUUACAGACCGCGUACUUACGAAUCACAAUGGAAAAUUUUGAUAAAUUUUUAUGAAUAUUAUUUUAAUUACGAAAUACUAUAA